AUGAAUAAACGGGGAGUUAAACUCACCAUUUGCCUCGCUAUUUUCCUCAAAAUCAAGAGUUUCCUUUUUAAAGAGGCCAACCAUGCACAGACGCGCCUACUCAAACGGCGCUGCGGCUUCGCAACCGUAGGCAGCGCGCGGAAAAGGAGACAACUCCCGGUUGUUCAUUACAUUCACUCGGCGUGGCCAUCGAACCGGUUGCAACAAAAAGGAGGGCGCCCCAAUCGAGGUAGACGUGAAAACAACCUCACACCGCAUAACCCCCCGUUUUCCAAAGAGCCCAGCCAAAAUGAUGAUCUGCAAGACUCCUCCCCUCAUGGGGGGGAGAUCCACGAUGAAGGAGAAAACAAAUUCAUCGGCAGGACCUUCGAAGGGAUAACCAUAUACCCCCUGGAGCAACCGGGUGGAGAUCAGAACAUCCUCAGAACUAAAAUACCCUCGAGGGAGUUCAAGCCAAAGAGAAGUUUGGGGCAGAAUUAUUUAAAGGAUGAAAAUAUCAUUCAGAAAAUGGUCAGCGCGAUUGAGCUGGGUGCCGAUGCGUUUUACCUGAAGGACAACCGGGUUGGCACUCGGCGGGGGGGCGGCGCGAAGGGGGAGCAGAAGCGGAAGGGGAAGCGGACGAAGAAUCGGACCGAGCACCGCGCGGGUAACGACGGCCACAAGGGAGUUGCCAGGGCAGAUGAGGAAGUCGCAAACCCGGAUGAGGAGGCCGCCAACCCGGAUGGCUCCGCCGCUAAUCCGCAUAAUUGCGCCGCGAACCCGGAUGAGGAGGCCGCCAACCCGGAUGGCCCCGCCUUCCAAAGCGUGAGAGACCAGGGGAAGGGAAUCAUCGAGCUGGGGUGCGGACUCGGGCAAAUAAGCAAAUUCCUCUUCGCAAAAUAUAAAAAAAUGACGGCCGUAGAAAUAGACAGCCGAGCCUUAUCCGUGCUGAGCAGAACCAUGCCCGGCUUUGACUUCAUCCACGACGAUGUGUUGCAAAUAAAUUACAAAGACCUCUCCGAAAGCAAAGCCACCAAAUUGACGGUAAUAGGAAACUUACCCUUUUAUAUAACCUCCCAAAUAUUGUUCUGCCUCCUCGAUUACCACCACUACAUUGAGCAAGCCAUCGUGACCAUUCAAUAUGAAGUUGGCCAGAGGAUUGUCUCCAAAGUAAAUGAGAAGAGCUAUUCUAUCCUAAGCAUACUCUUUAAUUUGUAUACAUCCCCUUAUUUGCUUUUUAAAAUCCCCAGCUCGGCCUUCUACCCGGUUCCCAAGGUGGAAGCUGCUGUGAUGAAAAUUAUUUUUAAACAGUCCAGCCUUAAUUGCAAUUUACUUUUUUUAAAAGAAAUUUUAAGACAUUCGUUUCAGCAGAGGAGGAAGAAACUUAAGUCCAGUUUGAAGCCUCUCCUGGCGAAAUACUCCACCACAAAGGAGCUUCAGCUCCCGCCAUCUGUUUGUCAUUUGAGGCCCCAGCAGUUGACUCCCCCGCAAUUCGUCGAACUCACGAACUUUUUAUUUCCGCUCAGCUCCUACCCCUUCGACCCUGCUGUGCAGACCAAGGUGUGGCGAAAGAAGAAGCACGGGGAGUGA